AUGGACAAGGUGUUUCAAGGUCAAAUCGGCCGAAACGUCGAGAUUUAUGUUGACGACAUGGUGGUCAAGUCUGGCUCCUUAACCGAUCACAUGGCCGACCUAGCAGAGAUCUUCGGUGAACUGCGCAAGCACAAUAUGAGACUGAAUCCCGAGAAGUGCACCUUCGGGGUCAGAGGAGGCAAGUUUCUGGGGUUUAUGCUUUCGGCAAGAGGGAUAGAAGCAAACCGAGAAAAGUGCCAGGCAGUGCUAGAGAUGAGGAGCUCGAGUAAUCUCAAGGAACUGCAGCGUCUUUCGGGAAGAUUGGUUGCCUUAUCCCGAUUCCUCCCACGUCUAGGUGACAAAAUCAGCCCGAUGACGAAACUCUUGCGGAAGGCCUCGAAUUUCUCAUGGAAUGAGUCAUGCGAAGCCGCCUUCGCAGUAUUGAAAGCAGCCUUGGCGACACCGCUGAUACUAACGAGACCGGACCCUUUGAACCCGCUAUCGGUAUACUUAGCUGUAUCCGACGAGGCAAUCAGCUCGGUCAUAGUGCAAGAAAAGGGGGGCACCCAAGCUCCAAUAUACUUUGUCAGCCAACUCUUACAGGAUUCCGAGACCCAGUACCAGCUGAUAGAGAAGGUCGCACUCGGAUUGGUCCACACCUCCCGACGCCUACGCCACUACUUUCAAAGUCACCCAGUAGUAGUACAUACUGACUGCCCGAUCUCCAAGGUUUUGAGGAAGCCCGAACUUGCCGGGAGAAUGAUGGCCUGGUCGGUGGAGCUUUCACAAUUUGACAUCACCUACAGGCUGAGAGGGCCGAUCAAAGCCCAAUGCCUGGUGGACUUCGUCAACGAGCUACACCCACACAGCUACUUUGAGGAGCAAUGGUGGAUCCUACAUGUAGACGGUUCCUCAAACCGCCAGGGGAGUGGGGCGGGGGUGAUCUUAGAAGGACCGAGGGGGAUAACCCUGGAACAGUCAUUACGCUUCAGAUUCAAAGCCUCCAACAACCAAGCCGAAUAUGAGGCUUUGCUCGCCGGCCUAAGACUAGCUGAAGACAUGGGAGCUUCGAGAAUCAAAUGCCUGACUGAUUCCAAAGUGGUGGCCGAACAAGUCGGUGGGAGCUUUCAAGUGAAAGACCACAACAUGAUUAGAUACUACCACGCCUAUCAAAAGUUAAAGACAAAAUUCCAAGAGGUGCUGGUCGAGCACAUCCCACGCGAAAACAACGCACGAGCCGACCAAUUGGCCAGAUUGGCGGCAACCAAAAAGCUGGGCCAACAGAGAACAAUUAUCCAACAAGAAAUCAGUCACCCGAGUGUGGAUGAGGAAAUGAUAGCAACUGUUGACACCGACCAGAAUGACCAUAAUAACCCCUCCGACUGGAGGGAUAAAAUCAAGGCCUUCAUCAACGAUAGCGCGCUUCCAGCCGAUCCCACCGAAGCCAAGAGAAUAAGAACACAGGCCAGCCGAUACGUCAUCAUCGCGGGUCUGUUGUAUAGGCGCGACUUUUCCACCCCCCUGCUCAAGUGUUUAGCUCCGACCGAAGCCAAAUACGUGAUACGAGAAGUUCACGAGGGGAUUUGUGGAACUCACUCGGGAGCAAGAACGACCGUCGCAAAGAUACUGCGAGCCGGAUACUACUGGCCGACCAUGAACACCGAUUGCGACACAUUUGUGAAGAAGUGUCAGCCAUGUCAGAAACACAGCAACCUGAUCCACCAACCGGCCGAGCAACUACAUUGCAUUCCUCCUGCAUGGUCGUUCGCCACGUGGGGGGCCGAUAUACUCGGACCCUUCCCGACUGCUAAAGGACAGUGCAAGUUCCUUAUCGUGGCUGUGGACCUCUUCACCAAAUGGAUCGAAGCCAAACCCCUAGCAUGUAUCUCGGCCCAUCAGGUGCAAAAAUUUCUAUGGAAGAAUGUCAUCACCCGGUUCGGCGUCCCGCACACUCUUUUGACCGACAACGGCCUACAGUUCGCUGACCGAAAGCUAAACGAGUUCCUAGCCGACUUAGGAGUACAACACAAGGUUACAUCAGUCGAGCACCCACAGACGAACGGUCAAGCCGAGUCGGCUAACAAGGUCAUCCUUGCAGAAUUGAAAAAACGGCUAGGGGAAGCAAAGGGGGCAUGGGCCGAGCAAUUACCCGAGGUGUUAUGGGCCUAUCGGUGCACCCCCCCCAGUCGACCACCCAAGAAACACCUUUUCGUCUAG